AUGCCAUCGCAUUCCGCCCAGAGCAUAGAGAUCUACACUAUCGAAUUUCCCGAUCCCUACAAGAUCAGCUACCACAACGACAAGUUCAUCACUCUUCCGGCCAAUGCCUCCUUCCAAUUGCCCAUAACCGAGAACAUCCAGACCUUAUCGAACAAGGACGUACAGAAAGGAAGCGACCCGUACGGCAUACUCUACGUUCCAGAUCUCACAUCGGAUGGAUGCAAGAAGGAAGAAGAGCAGUAUGUGGCGAACAACGUUACUCGGAGGGCCAAUCUGCCUGAGCACAUUGAGUAUGCGCUCGUGGCAGUUGCGCCAUGGUAUUCAGCUGAGUGCAUGAACGAAUACUUCGAGGCUGCGAGGGAUGCUCCUGUGAAAGCAUUUCUAGUGUACCAACCAGGAGCGGCUGCAGGUAUGCCGCCGCCCGUCAGCGAUUCGUCUUGGUUGAUGGGUGACGGAGGCACAUGGAAGGCUCAGAACACAUUCCCCACAUACGCCAUCGUUCCUCCAACGGGAGCACUCAUCAUGAAAGGGCUCAGCGAAUAUUCUGGGAAUAUUACUGACCUGCCCUAUAACGAGACCUUGGUGGAUAUGUUCGCGGAUACCGAUUACGUUCGACUCUGGGCUACAAUAGGCACUGAAUCCGGCAGCCAACUUCCCAGUCUAUGGGUCUUCUUAGUGAUCGUCCUAGGACUUUUGAUCUUGGCCAUCGUAGGGACAUCAUCCUUCAUGCAUCUUAUGCAGAGGAGGCGACGGAAUGACCUCCAGCGCAGGGUCAUCAACGGCGAAGUGGAUUUGGAAGCUCUAGGGGUGAAGCGGUUGACCGUCCCUCAAGAAUAUCUGGAUAAACUCCCACUCUAUGUCUACACGUCUUCCAUGGAGGACCCCGAGAAAGCUCUUCCCACAGAGCCGCCUCAGGCGCAUAGUAACACUCCAACUGGUCGACGACUCUCCGCCCCUGACCUACCCCAGCCGGUCUCCUCGACAGCGUUAUCACAACCUACAUGUGCAAUUUGCCUUGAUGACUUCGUAGCCAACGAGAGCCGGGUCCGCGAACUGCCUUGUCGCCACAUUUUCCAUCCUGACUGUAUCGAUACCUUUUUACUCAGCAACUCUUCACUGUGUCCCAUGUGUAAGACCAGCGUCCUUCCGAGCGGCUAUUGUCCAACAAAGAUCACCAACAACAUGGUGCGAAGAGAGCGCAUGAUAACGCGCAUGAAUCGAAAUGCAGCGGACAGGGCACACACAGCUCACCCUGCACCUCCCCAGACCGCAGACUCGCAAGCUCCACUAUCGCCUCGACGCACCUCGAGCGGAUUCGGAUCAAUAGGGAGUCGAAUAGGCGGAGCCUUCAACGGCAGCCGCAGGGUCUUCAGCGCCCCCGACAGAACCUCGAAUCGUCCCUCCGAGAUCGAAAUGGGCUCCAACCAGCCUGCAGCCGCACUGUCUCCUGUCCCUGAAACCACGCCGCCUAACCAGCAAACAACGACCACAGAUCCUACAAACCCAACCGCCGCACACCCCCACCGGCGGGAAUGGGCUCGACAGCGCGCGCUCGCCCUCCUCGGGACCCACCACGUCGCCCCCGCAGACGAAGAAGAAAGCUGCGAGCCUCGCUGGAAACGAGGUCUCCGCAAGAUCUUCCCUGGUUUCCGGUAA